GUCUGCACCCGUAGCGUACGGAGGUUUCCAGUGUAGAGGUCAAACUGGAGCCGUAGCUGCUGGCCUAAGCUACAGUCACAGCAACACUAGGUCCGAGACUCGUCUGUGACCCACAUAGCUCAUGGCAAUGCCCAGAUCCUUAACCCACUGAGCAAAGUCAGGGGUCGAACGUGCGUCCUCAUGGAUGCUAGUCAGAUUCAUUUCCACUGAGCCACAGUGGCAACUCCCAGGCUGAGGUCUUGGCAGAGUGAGGGGGCACCUUCAUCUUUGCCGUCCUUGCUUCCAAGGCUGGUUGCCUCUUUCUCUGGUCUUGGGUGUAGAGCAUUAGGGUCAAGCCCUGGUUCUAGCUGCUUUGGGCUCUGAGGCAAUCACCUUCACCCACCCCAACCCCUGCAGCGUCCGGCUUUUUGUGGACCGAGUCUUACACAUCCCCACCCCCGUUCUUCCACUUGGUGUGUCUGGUUCUUCCUGGCCUCUUCCCAAAAGAGGAUGCCCAGUUUCACAGCCGGGACUGGUCUCCUCUUUGGGAGGGUCAGGGCCAGGGGUCCACCCUGCUGUUGUCACUGAAACGUAGGGCAAGUGGAGGCUGUGGAGGCUGGGGCCAAGGACGCAUGAAUUCCCAGGGCCAGGGUGGGAGGAAGGCCCGUAGGGCAGGUUGUGCCUGCCCCGCCCCCUCGCAGUCUGACGCUGCAGGACCUGCGCCUGUGGCCUGGCGAUGGGGCGGCGGUGGGAACAGAACUGAGGCUCUGUACCUACCAGGGUUUGGCUUUGAGCGAUGCGGAACUACCCAGGGCUUGGGUGAGGCAAGGUGAGCAGCCGGGGGCGGGGCCGGGGCGGAAGUUCCGGGUAGUGGGCACCGCCCCCGCGGGCCAUUGGCUGGUACCCGCCCCCGCGCUAGUGACUGACACUCGCGGGGGCGCAGCGCAGCCACUGCUUCCGCCGGGCCAUGGGGCCGCGCGUGCUGCUGCCGCGGCUUCUACUGCUGCUGCCGCCGGCGCUAUUGCUGCCGGCGCUGCUGUGCGGAGCCGAGGAGGCCGCACCCCCAUCGCUGCGCUCUACGCGCUCUACGCAGGCCGCACUGUCGCCGCCGCCCGCCGUGACGAACGGGAGUCAGCCGGGCGCGCCGCACAACAGCACACACCCGGGGCCGCUGGGCUCGUCAGGCUCGCCGCUGGUGCGCUCCAUCUACGUGGUCACGGGCCUCAUCUGCCUGGCCUUGCUCUACUUCCUCAUCCGGGCAUUCAGGUUGAAAAAGCCACAGCGGAGGCGGUACGGGCUCCUGGCCAACAGCGAGGACCCCACUGAGACAGCCUCGUUGGAUAGCGAUGAGGAGACGGUCUUUGAAACAAAGAAUCUGAGAUGAUAUUCAUGUUGGGAAGGCGGCAUUUUCAGCGGCCCUGGGGGACAGACAGGAGACAGGGCCCACCGAUUCUCCUGCUGGACCAGAGAGCUUGUGUGGGACCUACCUGGCCACUUGAAGCCACCUCAGCCCUCCAGAUGGACAAGACUGCCCAGGAUACUGGCUGGAAGUCAGAGGGGCCCUGGCAGCCCCACCCAGGACUCUGAGGUCCCCUGGCCACAUUGUGACUUGUGUCAGUUGCUCUUCCUGGUGGGGAUGUGGCACCCCGAGUUGAGGCCUGGUAGGUGGGAGGGCUAAGGGGUCUGUCUGGAAGUACCUAACCCCUGGGCUGGGGACAAUAAAGGCAGCAGUGGUUUUGCAGCUGGUUCCAA